AUGGUUUCUAGUCAAGGUUCACCAACAAAAAUACCACUUCCUCCACAAGAGUCACCACAUUCAUCCAUGGACCAUCUCAGAUUUGAAGCUGAAGAACUCUUGGCAGCUUCAGAUAUGCUACCACCCACUUCCUUUCUUUAUAAACUUCAUUUCUCCAAUAAGCCUUCUGAAUCGAUAGAUGCCCAACUCCUCUUCAAUUUCCUGAAAGAAAAUAAACUUGCUACCUUUCGUGUUUACCUUCUUUCGUUCUUCAAAAAAUGCUUCUCUCUGUACGCCAAACUCGGUGCCUUUGAAACCCUCUCUCUCCUCACUGAAAAUGAUCAUCAACUUUGGCAAGAAACCUCUUUCUUGGAUGAAGAACUCAAAUCAGAAAUUCUCGGCUACCUUAAAAAUAAUACGGAGUGGUCCGGAAGGUUUUUGCCAAAAAUUCAUGAAUUUAUAGUCAAGCUAGUCAUUAAAGAAGUAAAAUCUGAAAAUGAAUGGCCUGAGCUCACUCAGUUCCUUCAUCAAUCUUUGGGUAACGGCUCUGAGGAGAAAGUAGAGUUUUCACUGCAUUUGCUUUGUAAGUUGAUCCCGCAAUGCACUGUUGAAACAUGGUUGAGUACUAAUUUACAUCAAGUGGUUGAAUCUGUGUUUAAGUUCCUGGGCAAAGCUGAACUGCAAGAGAAAACAAGGCUUCUUGCACUGGAAUUUGUUGUAACUCUAGCUGAAGGAGGAAAUAAGGGUAGAAAAAUGUUGUUAGAUUCGCCUCUUUUUAUCAAAGAAUUAAUUAAAAGGAUUUUGGGUCUGCUUGAAGUCAUAGAAGAUGACCCGGAAUGGGAAACUGCACAAAGUGAUGACAGGAGUCAAGGCUUGACAAGUGUUUCAGCUACUAACACCUUGUCAAGAAUUGCAGCUGCCUUGGAUGGACAGGUUCUUUUGUCAACCUUUCUUCAACCAUUUUUCUCACAUUUGGAAGAUGUAGAAUGGAAACGCCGCCUUGCUGCUGUUAACUUCCUAGCAAUUAUCGCAGAUAGUUGCUCCAAGUUACAGGUACCUUAG